AUGGCUCGUCCCUCGUGGUGCACAGGAAAACGAGUUGCAUUAAGAUGGAGAUCGCGCCAUUUCAUGGACCACGAAGGCCAAACAGUAACACUGAUGACGCUGAAGCGUAUUCUCCUCAAUCCCGAGCCACAUGAAGAUGACGACCCUAAUAUCGGGAUACCGAAGUUCGCCUUCCAGGUCUACACUACCAUUCCUUUGGACUCCGAGAACUUGGUUCUUCAGUGUGAUUAUCUCAACGGUCAAAUCGAUUUCUGGCCGGCGCUUCAUCAAUAUAUCUCACCUGAAACGCUCGCUGUGCUGGACCAGAAAGCGGGUUCCCCCUCACCGGAUCGCUACCUCACCAUCACUGGGCACGACGAAACUGUGAUUGUUAUGACAAACAUUCCUGCAGGCUCAAUACCAGACCUACAACACAUCAUUUACAUUACCGUUCCUCACGAUGGGCUGGACCUCGCCCGAGUGGCGCAAGCAUUUACCAGCGCACUGGUAGAGAAUUUACCCGAGCAAAAGUCUGUUCAUCUAGAAUUUCGUCGGUCGCCCAACGCUGGAUUGGCCUCGCUAGGUUCUCUUGUGGAUGCACACCGUGCGCUUGUCGACCCGCGAUCUGACCACGGAAUCGGCGCUAUGCAGACAGUUUGUCUGAGACUUGAUACAGCCCCGCAAACCAUGCGUGUCUUUCCCAAUGACAGAGAAGAGGCCGAGGGCGCAAAUCUGUUUCGGCAGUAUUAUCACAUUCUCCUUGUUAUCAUAGACCGACCGGAUUUUCUCAAUGCACCCGGGGUACUAUUUCUUCAAGCAGAGAAGAGGGUCCUCAAUGAAUAUAAUGCGUACUGCCUAGAGCAGCGAGGAUACCUGCACAAAGAUGGAGAUGUCGAUAAUUUGUCUGGCUCCCUCAAACUGCCAGAGGACCCAACCCAUUCGAACCCCACAUCUUAUACGGACUGGACGUCGACUGCGAAUUUUGCCUGCCCGGAAGGGGAGAAAGAACUCCCAUCACGAAAGCGCCCCGAGGAAAUCUCAUCUGUCGAUUGCAAUAAGUGCGCCAAAGCCGUGCUGGGAAACUACUGCAUCCAGUUUGCCUUUGACCACGGGAUCAAGCCUGGUCAAAUAUACGUCUGGAACUUCGUCUGCGGGAAGACGGCACCCAUUGCAAUUAUGCUCUGCAAGCCGAGGUCUGGUACUGUAUUGGUGUGCAUGUCCCCUCACCAGUCCAAGAUUUCGGAAUUCCUGGUAACUGUGAUCUAUACGCCAAGGCUUUACCAGUUCGAGGUGCUUAUGACCUUUGUGUUCAAAUGCAACCUCAGAAAUCAAAACGGCAUGUACGGCUGUUGGGGACACCAUUGGUGCCUUCAGCAUACCGGAAUGGACCUGCCACCCAAUGUUUAUGAGUGGAUUCAACUGUACAGAGGAAACGAGAUGGCGCCUCAGAAAGUGCAGGAGCAUUCUGUAAUCAAGAAGGCUUUGUGUAAUUGGAUCCAGCAGGGUGAAGGCAGCAAGGAGGCAUCUGAGGAGGAGGCACGAGCUAGGAUCAAUAAGGGUUUGGGUCGCCUCUAUCUAGACUUCAAGAAGCAGGGGAUGCUAGGCGAGCCACUGAAAACAAAACAUGAGGAGUCCCGUUGUGGUGUGCCUUGGAAGAACUAUUGGAAGCUCAAACAUUGGGGUCUUGAUGUUCAUGAUCCCCGCCACGAACAGAACAAGCCGCCUCCAGGCAGUUUCGAGGAUAUCGAUGAGGAUAUUUGUUGGAAGCUCAAGCUUUGGGGUCUUGAUGUUGAUCAUCUCGAUCGCGAAGAAACACAGCCGGCGCUUUCAGGCAGUUCCGAUGAUAGCGAUGAGGAUGCUGAAUAG